CUCCUUGCCUCUCGAUCUUUGUUAUGACGACCAUAACCAAGAAUUUUCCGUGGUUUAUUCGGGAUUUGGGUGUUGUUAUCGUUGGUAAAAAAUGCUACACGUCACUCGUUGAAGAGCUCGAUAUUGGCGACAUUGAAUGUAUAAAGUAUUCGAUCUCGAAAGGGUUGGGGAUUGGGAUUGUCGUCGGUGGGAGUAUAAUGAAGGUUCCUCAGUUAUUGCUGAUCUUGAAUGCACGCUCAGCAAGAGGCCUUUCACUCGUAUCGUAUAUCCUCGAAACGCUCUCCUACGGGAUAACUCUCGCCUAUUCGCACCGGAACGAAUUCCCAUUCUCAACAUAUGGAGAAAACCUGUUCCUUACGCUGCAAAACAUCGUCAUUACGCUUCUCAUCAUCCACUAUGCACCCAGUGCUAGGUUACGCUCGAGCCAUUCCAAUAAGCCAGCACAAAUUGGCGUUGCAUGUAUCGCGACUUUGGGAAUAGCGUUCCUCCUCACAACGAUCGACAAGGACCUGUUGCAGCUCCUCCAGUUAUCUACCCUACCGCUCUCGCUCUUCUCCAAACUUCCCCAGAUUAGACAAAACUUCCGCUCAAAGUCUACUGGUCAGCUCUCCGCAUUUGCCGUUAUCUCUCAGAUUGCGGGGUGUGCAGCAAGGCUGUUUACUAUUGCACACGAGGUUGGGGAUGUGGUAGUUGUUGCCGGGUUCUUACUGGCGUUGGCGUUGAACAUCGUACUCGGGGCGCAGAUGUAUGUUUACUGGGGGAAGGAGGGGAAGUCUGCGUAUUCAGAUGGAAAAGGGGCGGAAUUGGAAGAGAGGAAGCUGUCGUCGUCAUCGUCGUCUGCUACCCCGGCGUGGCAAUCUCAAGUUCAAGCUCAAGGCCAACAUCAAGCACAAGAGAUCCAUCAUCGAAUUGCUACACCUCCACCGAUGGGGAACAGGAAGUGGGCUAGGAAGGUGGAUUAAAAUCUUUUCCCCCUUGGGUUUUUCCUAUCCUCUGGUGAUUUACAAAAUGUUUGACGUGUUCUUUUUUUUUUCACAUAUCUAUAACGCUGUACCUAAACGCCCUCAACGACAAAUCUAUUCUCCUUCUAUUCACUACCCUCACGCACUGUGUUCGUUCGUUUUGCGAUAGAAGUCGGUGAGUGGGAUGGUGUAGUAUGGCUUGUACUCGUGCAUUGGUCGUUUAUUUAUGAUAUACCUGUAUUCAGGCUGCGAGCCUACAUAUCGUAAUGGAUAGGAACUCGAAAAGUAUUGACAUUGAGGCCUGAGGUUCCGAACUCUUUGGCGCCGCUCUUCUCCCUCAACCUCAGCUUUUCAUGAUUCCAUCUCCCUGC